GCCGCAGCCAAUCGCUCCGGGGCCGCCCCCGCUGCCCGCGCUGCCUGCGCCGCCGGCCCGCUCGGGGCGCUGUUCCCAGAGACGAUUCCCGGGGCCGUGCCCGCUCCCGCUGCCUCAUCCCGACUUUUGCCGUGCCAAGGAUGCUCUUCCCGCUGCUCGUCCUGGCACUCGGCCUGGCAGGUGCCGUGGAGAUCCACGUCCCGGAGGAGCCGGUGGUGGCCCUGUUCGGCCACGAUGCCACCCUGCGCUGCUCCUUCUCGCCCGACGCCAACUUCAGCGUGGCGGAGCUGAGCCUGAUCUGGCAGCUGACGGACACCAAGCGCCUGGUGCACGGCUUCUCCGGCGGCCGCGACCGCCUGCAGGACCAGGGCCGCGGCUACGCCAACCGCACGGCGCUCUUCUACGACCAGCUGGCACAGGGCAACGUGUCCCUGCUGCUGCGGCGCGUGCGCAUCGCCGACGAGGGCAGCUUCACCUGCUUCGUGCGUGUGCGCGACCACAACAGCGCCGCCGUCACCCUGCAGGUGGCAGCUCCCUACUCCAAGCCCAGCGUGCACCUGGAGCCCAGCAAGGACCUGAAGCUGGGCGACGUGGCCGUGGUGACGUGCCAGGCGUCCCGCGGCUACCCCGAGGCCAGCGUGCUGUGGCAGGAUGGCCGGGGCGCCAACCUGACGGCCAACGUCACCACGUGGCAGGUGGCCAACGAGGAGGGGCUGUUCGAGGUGCGCAGCGUCCUGCGUGUGCUGGUGGAGCCCAGCGUCACCUACUCGUGCCUGGUGCUCAACGCCGUGCUGCGGCAGCACGGGCACGCCUCCGUCACCAUCACGGGCCGGGCUCUGCCCUUCCCUGCCGCGGCUCUCUGGGUGACGGUGGCCCUGGCCGCCUGCGUGGUGGCCCUGCUGGCCGUGCUGGCCUUCGUGUGCCACCGCCGCCUGCGGGACAGCUGCCGGGAGCAGCGGCAGCGCGCAGGGCCCGAGGAGCGGGAGGAGGAGGGAGAGGAGCCCAAGGCAGCUCUGCAGCUGCUGGAAAACGCGGAGAGCAAAGAGGCCCGUGGCUGCCAUUCCCGCUUUCCCAUUGCCUUCCAUCGCUCCGGGCCCUUUUCCAGCCGGGCCUUUCCCGGGAUUCCCCAGCAGCUGCUGCGGCCCCAGGAACUCAUUAAUUCAGUGCUUCGUUACUUUAUUAAUUUAUCGAGUCAUUAAUUCAUGGAUUCGUUAAUUUAUUAAUUUAUUGAUUCAUUAAUUUGUUCAU